AUGGACAGCGAGAAAGUACUCCGAGAAGCGACAAAAUUCUUCGAAAGAGAUGAAACCGAUCCCAUCACCACUUUCGCUAUCGACGAGUACCUCACUUCCGUUUCCAUUUCUCUUCCAGCGCUAAUUCUAGCCGUAGCCAUCUUUCUCGGAGGAGAUAUGUAUUCCGUCGACGGACUGCAAGUUUUCAACCCGAAUCGUUAUUUCGGAUCCUCGCCGCCUUACAAAAGCUAUCAUUUUGAGACCUGGAAUCAAAUUCCGUUUUUGAGGAAGUACUGUUGGGCAAAACUCAGUAAUAUGGAGUGCGGCGUCGAAACAAUCCUGGGAAACUGCGAAGAAAGCCAGAAUUUAUGGCAUUACGCGAUUCUCCCUAAAUUUUUAUUCCUCAUCAUUGUUCUCAUGUACACCACGAAAAUCAUCUGGAACACAAAUGUCGCCAAAGACCUUGCAAAUAUUCUCAACUUCAUCAUUGGCGCUACAGAAGAGAGCAUAAGAGACUUGGUGGGCGACUUGGCGAAAGAAGCGGAAGUUGAAGACAACGAAGAAAACAAGAAAAAAGACCCAGCUUUAAAAUAUCAACAAACCAAUCUCAUUCUCCACCGACUCAACAAUACCAACUCGCUCGCGCUGAAAUUCGUUUUUCGCCGACUGUAUUUCAUUCUUCUUGUGGCUGUGGCGGUCUAUUUGACGUACUUUUUCUACAUCGAUCCAGCUAGAAAUCCCGUCGAAUUCGAAUGCGGCUUGCCAGAAUGGCUUCACUUUCAAGAUUUUCCAAGUCGACCGACAGAUGAAGAGCACAGGAAUCUGACUGGACUGAAGAUAAUCAAGACGAUUCAUGCAGUUUACGAGCCCGUCAAUAGAAGAACUAUUCUUAUGGUCAUAUUAGGACUUUGUUUUAACUUGAAGCAAGCAAUUUUGUACAUCAUCGUUGGAAUAACCGCCGUCGUCUCCUGGCUCGUCGAAUCAUCGGAAAACCAAGGCGCUCAUUUGCUCAAAAUGCUCCCUGGACUCAAAAUUCCACAAGUCAAGCGCUACAGCGACCUGGAUUUCAUCCUUUUGCUUCUGCAUACUAAUCGCUCUCUCUCUCAGUAUCUGAAGCUCUCCUUCGACAUCAUGAUCAGUUCCAAUGGCAAAAAGACCCAAUCAACCUUCGAGAAGCAUCAGAAAUUCAUUUCUUCCUUGAGAGAAAUCACCGUCUGGAAAACUACGACGGAAAAUGAUGAUGCGAUAGAACAACUGCUCAAGAAAAGAAAUUAA